AGCACUUUUGGCUGAAGUAUUUUGGGCCGUGGGCGGCAGCCUUGGUCGGCAGCAACGGGGAGAUGGCGCUCGUGCAGAGAUACGUCGGCUUCUUGGAGGUGUACAGCUGCAGGGCGAUCGUUCUGCUGCUCGCCAUCGUCGCUUUGGCGGCACCCUUCGCUCUCCAGCUCUCCAGCACGACGACAGAUAAUUUUGGCGCGGCUCCUGGGACAAAGAGCAAGGCCGAAUCCGAUGCGAUCAGGGCCAUCUUUCCGCGCCCUUUCAACGACAUCGAGACAGUGUAUGUCAGGUGCCUCCAAGGCGAUUGUACCUGUACGGGUGUAGACACCUGCGAAGGCUUCAAGCGUAUCAUUGAUGGACUGACCCAAGGCAUCGCAGAAUAUCUCGACGAUGGAACGGUGGUGGCCGUGACAUCGUUUUUUGAUUUCUCAGGCGAUCUUGUGAAUUUGGGCCUCGGGUAUCUUAACUCCUCUGCGAACUCCAUGAUCGCAAGGCUCGAGCUGGAUGCAAACCGAGAGGUACGAGCGAAGACUGCGGUGAGCGCUGCCCUGAAAGCGGCGGAGAGUCUGAGCUCGGAGAAGUUCGCCGUCUACGUCACUGGCAAAACAGCCGCCUUAGCAUUGUCCUCGAAAGAGGUUGGCAAGACCAUCGGCAUGGCAGACGGAACUGGAAUCAUCUUCAUCGUGCUCCUCUUCGGUUGGCAGGUGCGCUCAUGGCGCCUCACACUCAUUCCUCUAUUCAACACCGUGCUGUGCUUGAUUGUCACGGAGGGCCUCAUUUACCCUCUGUCAAGUUCUGGCGCGAUCUCGUUGCCGUCCUAUGUGCCCAACGUCUGCCUUUUCUUGUCGAUUGCACUCUCUGUCGACUACUCGUUCUUCCACCUUGUCCGCUUCCAAGAAGCGCGCAGGGACGGGGCCGGGCUGGCCGAGGCCGUGGUCGAGAUGGUGACCACAGCGGGCCGCGUUGUUCUGGUAUCGGGCGUCGUCCUGCUCUUCACCUGGCUGGCGUUGGCGUCCUUCCCAGUCUUCGGCACGGACAGCCUCGGCUACUGCGCCUCGAUCACGAUCUUCGUGUGCAUCACGGUGAACCUCACGAUGAACCCUGCCCUCGUGCUCGCGAGCCCACGCUUCUUCGGUCGUGCGGCUCAGGACCCCUGGCACUGCUGCCGCAGCCGCCGUCAGCCUGCCGCCACGUCGAGCGACCCCCUGGCCCCUCAGGCCAGGGGCGCGAGAGAGCGAAAGAACUGCUACGGCUUUCUCGCCCGACACCUGACGAAGGCUCCAGGCAUGUACCUCGUGCCGCUCGUCGUCUACGCCGUCCUGCUGCCAGGAACGAUCCGCCUGUUCGACGCGGACCUCGUCGUCGGUGGCAUCAGCGGGGGCACGGCACAAACCAAAUUGGCAGCGCAACGCAUUUUGGAGGAGUUUCCCGGUUCCUCUGGAGAGGUCCCGCUUACAGUGAUGGUCACCCCGCCCUCAAGCGUGGACGUGAAGAGCCAGACUUACUUUGACGGUGGAUGCGCCCUCGCGCAGAUACUCCACGAAAAGACGGGCAUCGCCUUGACCGCCUUCCGCGGGAUUAUGCUCACGAGCCAGCCGAGCGAGGGUGGACGUGCAUCUUGCUUGGCUUGGAAGGACGCAGGUGGCGAACUCAAUUCGGCUUCGGAUGGAGGCCUCUACGGAUGGGCCUGGAAGAUGGCGGUUAAUGCUGCCAACACCAGCAGCCUCAUCACGAUUACUCCUCCCUUCGACGUGUUCAGUGACAGAGCGAAGGGGCUCGUCCACGAGGGGCGCGACGCCGUGAGCGCCUUCAGGGAAGCAGGGAACUACAGUGCUUGGACCGUGGUCUCGUUCCACCCCAUGGCGGUUGAAGUAGAUGCUGAGGAGCUGGUGGCCGCACGCUUACCCUGGGCGGUCAGUUUCACGCUCCUCGUUGUCUUCAGCGUCAUCGCCCUCCGAUAUCGUGCUGCACUCAUCCCGGUAAAGCUCUUCAUGACCAUCGCUCUACCCAUUGUGUCAGUCUUGGGCACAGGCGUCUUGGUCUUCCAGGACGGGUAUCUGAAUUGGACAGGGAUACCAAGUUUGCAAAGUCAGGGUGGACUUGUGUGGAUCAAUCCAGUCGCGUGCACCUUCAUGCUCAUCGGGUUCGCCUUGGACUACGACAUAUUCCUCUUUUCGCGGAUCUAUGCAGACCGCAAGGGGGGCGUCUUCAAAGAUGACCGGGCAGCCAUCGUCAAUGCCGUUGCCGCAACGGGUCCUAUCAUCACAACAGCAGGCGUUAUUAUGGCGCUUGCUUUCAGCGGAAUGGUUGCUCAGCAUUCCAAUCCGUUCCUUUGCCAAAUGGGCUUCACGAUGAUAUUCGGCAUACUGGUGGACACUUUCGUGGUACGCACCUUGCUUGUUCCCGCAUUCCUGUCGAUGGCCGGCCGCUUUAAUUGGUGGCCGGGGGUGAUGCCCACGCUCGACCCGGACCGCCCCCAGCAGUCGGAGAUCUCUCUGGAGGCGGACGCCGCGCGGUCCAGCGCCUAGGGGUCGGCCCUCCUUGUCCUCCUCCUCCUCCUCCUCCUCCUCCUCCUCCUCCCUCUCCUCCUCCUCCUCCUCCUCCUCCUCCUC